CCUCUGUUUCAUCGGUGGAUGGGGCCGGGGUUCAUCUUUGUUUUCGUGAUGAACCUCCACACCCUGAAACUGGAUCGAUUUCCGACUUCCAAUGAGUAUCGAAUAAAAUCCCACCUCGGGUCUGCCUAUGAAUGGCACUUCAAGUUCCCUUCCAGAUCUUUGGCUUCGACUCACACAAACUGUAUUCUACUAGAACACAAUUCACACUAAACUCAUGGCUUCAGCGGUAGUUCCCAAACUUCCCGACGAAGAGGUCGACCUCAUAUUCACCAUCAACGGUCUCGCGUUCAACCGAUGCAUCAUUUCCGCGCUAGCACAUGGCAUAUAUACAUCCAUUUUCAUGACGACAUUAUGGAAUAUUUUCGCUUUACGUCCCAAAGACCAGAGUAACACAGCUAGCAGGAAGAUCAUGUUAGCCGUCAUCACCGCAUUGUACAUCCUAGGGACAUUUUCGGUUGGCAUGAACUGGGCAUUUACACGCUACAGCUUCAUAACACACGGGCAAAAUUUCUGGACGAUUUUCUCAACGUUCAACAAUAUAUCAGCGGGGGAACAAAAAGCCUCAACCCUCCUCUUAGUUGAUGAUGUGGCCACGGGUAUAAGUAGCGUCAUUCAAAAUAUCCUAGUCGAUUUCGCCAUUAUAUGGCGUUGCUGGAUGGUCUGGGGGAGGCGCUGGUCGGCCAUCUUUGUCCCAAUCCUCUGCAUGAUCGUAGAAAUUAUCGCGAAUGUAUUUGAACAAUUUUAUAACAUAAGGUCUAUCUUAGACGUCCAUGAUCCCGAAAGCUUUCACCCGACUUCUGUCGACUGGACCAUGGUUUAUCUUUCACUAAGCUUAGCAGUGACCUUGCUAUGCACAAUUCUCAUUGUAUUCCGCAUCGUCACUGUCGGGAGGGCGAAUCGCGAUGAAGCUUUUGGGGGUUAUCAGGCAAUUGUAGAGAUUAUGGCCGAGUCGGCAGCCCUUCUCUCGAUAAUCUCGGUCAUCUACAUGGUGACCUAUGCACGAGGAUCAUAUACGGCUAUUUACGUAGAUGUUAUCGCGGCGAGCAUCAGGGGAACCGUCCCAACGCUUCUUGUUGGUCGUGUCGCUUCUGGACGUUCACGUCCCGAUGAUACCUGGAAGGGAAGCGUACUUUCUUCCCUCCAUUUUGGAACUCGCAACCAUGUGCAAACACAAAGCAGCACCCAAUACAAUGGCCAACAUAGCACACCAUUCAGUCCUGAAGACGACACUCCACAUGUGAAUGACUCUCUCGAGGAAUCCAACCAUGGGGCGGAAGCAGUAUGAUUCUGGGAGACAGCCCCGAUUUCUGUUAUAGAAGUAAAAUAUACAUGAAGACUGAAUACUUUCA